GUCAGCUAGCAAAGGAUGCUUACAUCAGCUGUCAGAGGCUUUGGCAGAGGGGCUGCGGCAUUUGGACACAGAGGCCAGUUGGCAGGUAUGGUGAGGUACAGCAAGAUGACUGAGUUGCAAGCCCUCCAGCAUUCUUUCCAGGAUAACUCCCUGGCUCUGGGCCAAGUGGGGCAGAGCUGUGGGGUAAUUCAGGAGAAUGGGAUGGCUUCAGAGCAGAGACAACAGCACCUUUCCCAAGGCCCAGCAGACGCUGAGAAGAGUCUUCCAGUAAACAUACCAGAUGCAGCUAAAAGGAAGAAGAAGAAGAGAACCAGAGCAACAGACAGCUUCACUGGCACUUUUGAUGAUCUCUACAAAUUGACAGAUGAGGUGCUGGGUCAGGGGGCUUAUGCCAAAGUUCAAGGAUGCACAAGUCUUCAAAAUGGACAGGAGUUCGCCGUUAAGAUCAUAGAAAAGAGCGCCGGGCACAGCCGCAGCAGAGUGUUUCGAGAAGUUGAGACUCUCUACCAGUGUCAAGGAAACAGGAACAUCUUGGAGUUGAUCCAGUUCUUUGAAGACAGUUCCUUUUAUUUGGUGUUUGAAAAGUUGCGUGGAGGCUCCAUCCUCACACACAUCCAGAACCGAAAGCACUUUGACGAGCUGGAGGCCAGUAAGGUGGUCAGGGACAUUGCACAAGCUCUUGACUUCCUGCACACAAAGGGAAUCGCCCACAGAGACCUUAAGCUGGAGAACGUCCUUUGUGAGUCCACUGAUCGGGUGUCCCCAGUGAAGAUCUGUGAUUUCGACUUGGGAAGUGGAGUGAAGCUCAGCAGUGCCUGUACGCCCAUAACAACCCCCGAGCUCACCACACCGUGUGGCUCAGCAGAGUACAUGGCUCCAGAGGUAGUGGAGGUGUUCACUGACGAGGCCUCCUUCUAUGACAAGCGCUGCGAUCUAUGGAGCCUCGGGGUGAUCCUCUACCUACUGCUGAGCGGCAGCCCCCCCUUCACGGGCCACUGCGGCACCGACUGCGGCUGGGAUCGAGGAGAGACCUGCAGAACCUGCCAAAGUCACCUGUUUGAGAGCAUCCAGCAGGGCAAGUAUGAGUUUCCAGACAAGGACUGGAGUCACAUCACAGAGGGGGCCAAGGACCUCAUAUCCAAGCUGCUGGUUCGAGAUGCAACUCUGCGCCUCAGUGCUGCUCAGGUCCUCAAGCACCCUUGGGUACAGGGGAAUGCUCCAGAGAGAGGGCUUCCAACUCCUCACGUUCUACAGAGGAACAGCAGCACAAAAGAUCUAACUCAGUUCGCAGCAGAAGCCAUCGCCUUCAACCGGCAGCUCUCCCAGCACGACGAGCAGCAGGAGGACUCUGCCAUCGUUUGCUCCAUGACUUCUCCACCUUCCAACUCCAGCUGGCCCGCAGACGGGCCCCAGUCCAACGCCCUGCGAAACCCGGACUUCGCACCUGCGUCGGACAGCCUUGCUGCGUGAAGGACCAGCACGAGUACUCGUCAUGUUUGCUCUUUUUUGAUUUCAGCUUCUGCAUGCUCCUUGUGUGUUUAUUUGUUUGUGUUCACAGGGAGCCUUUAGGAUCACAGGUGAUAGCUGUU